ACCAAUAGCAUCUCGAAAAGCCGGGAAAGGGGGCAGAGCAAAGAGCGAAAGAGAGUGGAGAAAGGAGAAAGCGGGCAGGCUUGGAGCGCGCGGGGCCGGGGUUCGGCGAGCCGGAGGAGCGUUGCUAAUGUUUUUGUUUGUUUGCUUUUCCAUGCAUGCAUAAUGAGGGGGCACCGCGGCACCACGCGGGGGCUCCCGGCCCACUUUUGUAUUUAAAGCCUCGCUGCAAGCGAAUCCGCAGCCGAGCUCAGCGGAUCCGCUCCCCGGGCUCCUUGUCUGUCACCCGAGAAGCCGCCGCCGAGGGAAGCCCGGGAGCCGCUCUCGGGCCGCGCCGAGUUUCUUGUUCUCCUCGCGCCGCCUGGAAAGGGCUCCUGGGUGCUCGGCCGAGGCCCGGGUCGUCGCGGGCGGAGGGGGAGGGGACGCGGGCGGCCGGGCCGCGGGAAGGCGGGCAGCGCACGCACGCGAGCCAGGAAGCGGCGCGAUGCGAGAGCUGGCGGCGGCGGCGGCGGCGGCGGCGGCGCGGCGCUGAGCCCAGGAGGAAGGAGCUGCUUGCAGCCGCACAACGGAUCUGCAGGCGCGGAGCAAAAUGCACCCGCGGCGCCCCGCGGUCCUGCAGCCCCGCCGCGGCCCCGCGGCCCGCAGCCCCCCGGGGCGGCAGUGAGCGCCUCCCGCCACCGCCGGGGGCCGACCGGAGGUGCUCUUCGCGGCUGUGCAUUUCUAGGAAGCCUCUUCAGUCCAACCGAGAGCCGACCUUCUGUAAGCAGCGGGGCACCAGCCUGCGGCGCGCAUGGAUUUAUGAAAACACUAAUGCAAGAAGUUGGCAGGACUGGGGCAAACUUUUCCACCCGCUCCGCGUCCGCCGCUCCCCGCGCCUCGUCUCCUCUCCCCUCCUCGCCCAGCGGCCGCCGCUGCCCGCGAUGGUGGCAGGGCUGCUGGGCGGCGGCGGCGGGGCCCGCGGGGGGACCGUGCCGGGCGCCUGGCUGUGCCUGAUGGCGCUGCUGCAGCUGCUGGGCUCGGCGCCGCGGGGCUCGGGGCUGGCGCACGGCCGCCGCCUCAUCUGCUGGCAGGCGCUGCUGCAGUGCCAGGGGGAGCCGGAGUGCAGCUACGCCUACAAUCAGUACGCCGAGGCGUGCGCGCCCGUGCUGGCUCAGCGCGGCGGGGGCGACCCGCCGGGGGCCGCCGCUGCCUUCCCAGCUUCCGCCGCCUCCUUCUCGUCGCGUUGGCGCUGCCCGAGCCACUGCAUCUCGGCUCUCAUUCAGCUCAACCACACGCGCCGCGGGCCCGCCCUGGAGGACUGUGACUGCGCGCAGGACGAGAACUGCAAGUCCACCAAGCGCGCCAUUGAGCCGUGCCUGCCCCGGACCAGCGGCGGCGGCGCGGGCGGCCCGGGCGCAGGCGGAGUCAUGGGCUGCACCGAAGCCCGGCGACGCUGCGACCGCGACAGCCGCUGCAACCUGGCGCUCGGCCGCUACCUGACUUACUGCGGCAAACUCUUCAACGGGCUGCGCUGCACGGAUGAGUGCCGCACAGUCAUCGAGGACAUGCUGGCCGUGCCCAAGGCGGCACUGCUCAACGACUGCGUGUGCGACGGCCUCGAACGGCCCAUCUGCGAAUCGGUCAAGGAGAACAUGGCCCGCCUGUGCUUUGGCGCCGAGCUAGGCAACGGCCCGGGCAGCAGCGGCUCGGACGGGGGCCUGGACGACUACUACGACGAGGAGUACGACGACGAGCAGCGCGCCGGGGGCGCGGGCGGGGAGCAGGCGCUGGACGACGACGACGGCGUCCCGCACCCACCGCGCCCGGGCGGCGGCGCUGCUGCGGCGGGCGGCCGCGGGGACCUGCCCUACGGGCCCGGGCGCAGGAGCAGCAACAGCGGCGGUGGCCGCUCAGCCCCCCGAGGCACCUGGACCCCUCUCGCCUCCAUCUUGCUGCUGCUGCUGCUGCUCCCGCUGCUGUUUUAGCCCUCGCGCCCCCCGCCGUCAGCGGCGGGAGGGCCAGCGCCUGGGCACCUGUGGCUUGGGGACAGAGGGGAUGGCUUGGGGAUAGUUGCCAAAACGUUUUCAAAGUAGACUCUGCCUAGCCGGUCUCCCCGCCACGAUUCUUGGCACUUUCCCUGUCUCUCCCGAGCAUGAUUUCUUGGACAUCCUCCCCUGUCCCCAUUCCAGGCUCCAGAAGCUCCCAACUGGUCUGCCCUGCAGAAACUGGCCUAGCUCUAGAAUCCGGGACGCCUGGCGUGGAAUGGGAGUGGGGGAACAGAACCGCAGUCCUGGACUCCGAAGAGGAUUGCUGACCAGUGGGGCCUUAACGGUUUCAAGGGACUGGGCUUGGAGCAGGGGAUUCGAAGGGGGAAUUUAUAUUUGCAAAAAGUCUGUUUGUUUAUGAGCAUUUUUCCAGUGGGGGGGGGGAGGGCCGGUAUCGACUUUUAUUGUGGCCAGUGAGGACACUGCAAUCGUAAGUAAUCAGAGAAGUCCCACUUACCUGUUCAUUUCGUUUACUCUUGGUACCAACGCCCUGAAUUCUCUUUUUUUUUGGGGGGGGGGGUUAAUAUUCCUGAAUUAGUUUUGGAUAACUUGGAGCCCUUGACCUUAAUUUCAUUGCCACCACUCUGAUCUCUUAGUACAUUUCUUAGGAUUAAGGGUCAAAAAAUGCUGAUCUAAAGAGUUGCUAAGUGGCAUUGAACAAUGCAAGUUUGUAUUAAAUGAGCUCUGCACUGCCAUCUAUGAAAGCCUCUUAAUGAUGUUUGUUUUCUUGUCAUUUUUGUUCUUUACAUCAAGAAACUGUACAAAUAUGCAGAGAACGUAUAUUGCUUCUGCUUUUAUCAGGGUGCUAAACCCUGGUACUUCUUAUAUAAAGUGUAUUAAAACUGGGGUUUGUUACCAGUUGCUGUACUUUGUAUAUAGAAUUUUUAUAAAUUGUAUGCCUCAGAAAUAAUUUAUUUUUAAAAAGAAAUUAAAAAUUUUAAAUCUGCACCCAUGUUACACCUUUCCUCCCUGAAAUGUAUGGAAUCAGUUUGUCACCAGGGAUCCAAAUCCACAGUCCAUUGUGAAGUGUGCCCUAUCUAGAACAGUUAAAAUGUACAGUGUAUUUUAUAGAUCUGAAGUUAACAUUCUUAUUUUCAAGAGAAUUUAUGGACAUUGUAGAAAUGUAUAAAUGCAUUUCCAAACUGCCUUAAACAUUGUAUUUUUAUAGACAUUCUUUAAAAAAAAAUCUUAUGUUUUAAGUAA